AACGGGGUCAAGUGGACGCAGCCGCUAGGGCAGUUCAUUAACAAUGAAUAUGUCAGCAGCAGCGGUACUGACACAAUUCCUACCAUCAACCCGGUCACUGAAGAAGAAAUCUGCGCACCGCAAGCCGCCACCCAAGAAGACGUCAAUAAGGCCGUCAAGGCCGCCCGCGCGGCCUUCCACGCCCCGUCGUGGAAACGAAUCACCGGCACCGAGCGGGCCGUCUUCCUAAACAAACUAGCGGACCUGAUCGAGGAGCACAAGGAGGUGCUGGCUACCAUCGAAACGGUAGACACAGGCCGGCCGUACCUGCAAAACUUGCACUUGUCCAUCUCCAUCGCCACGGCGCUUUUUCGGUACUACGCCGGCUGGGCCGACAAGAUUCAUGGUCAAACUAUGGACUGUGGGCCGGAUAAGCUGGCUUAUACGAUCAAGACGCCCGUUGGGGUCGUAGGGCAGAUUAUCCCCUGGAACGUCAACAUGCCCAGCUUCUGUGCCAAAAUUGCCCCCGCCCUCGCCUGCGGCAACACCAUCGUCCUGAAACUAGCCGAAGCCGCGCCACUCGUCGGUCUCUACAUGUGCCAGCUGAUCAAGCAAGCCGGCUUCCCACCCGGCGUCAUCAACGUCCUCAACGGUUCGGGCCGUGACAUCGGCACCGCCAUCGCCUCGCACAUGGAUAUCGACAAGAUCUCCUUCACGGGCAGCACGGCGACGGGGAAAGAAAUCCUCCGGCUCGCGGCGUCCAAUCUGAAGAGCGUGACGUUGGAGACGGGGGGGAAGUCGCCGGCGGUUAUCUUUGAUGAUGCAGAUUUGGAUAAUGCGGUUCUGUGGACGCAUAUUGGUAUCAUGACUAAUGCGGGGCAGAUAUGCUAUGGAAACUCGCGGAUCUUCGUGCAAGAGGGGAUCUAUGCUAAUUUUCUGGAGAAGUUCAGGGGACAGGUCGAGAAGGUGUCGGUGCUGGGUGAUCCAUGGGAGCAGACGACGUUCCAGGGGCCGCAGGUGUCGAGGGUACAGUACGAGCGCGUGUUGGAAUUCAUCCAGUCGGGAAAGGACGAGGGCGCGAAGGUGUACAUGGGUGGGCAGCCUGUCUCUCUGGACGGAAAGGGGUUCUUCGUCGAGCCCACCGUUUUUACGGACGUGAAACCGCAUAUGAAUAUCUACCGCGAGGAAAUCUUCGGGCCUUGUGUUGUGAUUGUGCCGUUCCAUACGGAGAAGGAAGUGCUAGAGAUGGCGAACGAUACCAUCUACGGGUAA